GGUGAACUUGUUCUCGGAAGAAAGAAGGACACGUCCACGCUAUACGCUAUCAAAGUCUUCAGAAGGACGAAUCCAGAUAGCAGUAGACAUGUCUUGACAUAUGCACAGACGGAACAAGCUGCAUUGCGAUAUGCCAUGGAGCAUCAAGUACCCUUUGUGGUCAAGCUUCGCUGGAGUUUCCAAGAUGAGAAGGCACUCUACAUUGUGCUGAUUGAUCGUUGCGAAGAGAACCUGCGCAUGCGCUUGGAGCGUAGCGGCGUUCUUCAUCCGGGAAAUGCGAAGAUGUGUGCAGCAGAAAUGGUGUAUGCCUUGACGGCGCUGCAUGCUAUAGGCAUCGUUCAUCGUGAUCUAAAGCCAGAGAGUGUCUUGAUCCAGCCCGAUGGCCACAUCGCCCUAACCGACUUCGGCUAUGCUCAGAUAAACCCGAUUGGAAAACAGGAUGUAGCAGUUGAUAAAGACGCCCCAUCCGCUGCACCUACCAAAGGGAUAUAUCGAGCGCCAGAGGUCAUAAUGGGAUGGGCGCACGAUGCUGCGGUCGACUGGUGGGGGUUUGGGCUUAUCUUGUGUUUCAUGUUGACGGGAAGUCAUCCCUUUCUCGCAGUAGACGAUUCAGCGUCUCUACAUGAGACAAUCUCCGAAAGCAAGGUCCUACAUGGAAAGCUCAUGCCUUGUCUGCCGGAGAUGGUCAGUUCCGAAGCUUUGGAUUUGAUCACUCAGUGUCUCGAACGUAACCCGGCGUUGCGCCUGUCUGAUGAAGCUGUCAAGCAGCAUUCCUUCUUCGCUACCGUGUACGUCAUAUGUCCUUGA